UUUGUUUACCCUCCAACAUGGCCUCAAGGAGACCCCCGUAUUUAGGCACGUCUUCGCCGAGGACUGCGGCAUCUCGUCAGGAGAGGCACUCCGACUGAAUAAGACGUUUAAAAAGUUUGCGACAGAAACGCUGAGAGAACCGUGUAUUCGCGCGCGUGGACGUGCACGCGCCCGUGUCUCCUCCUGUGAUUGUGGGGAACGGGAUUUGAAAGUGGGAACCCGGCGUGCUUCUGUCGUGCGUAGACUCGGUUGUUUUUAAAUAAACCUAAGGAAAUCUUCUGGUGCCGCCACAGCACCGCCGGGACCCCCUGAGCUACAGCCGCCGUGAUGGAUGCAGAGGUGGUCCUGCAGGAGGAGGACCUGGAGGGCUCGUGGACGCUGCUGUCCUGGCUGGCGUCCCUGGUCAUGGUGUUCGGAGGAGCUCUGCCCUACGUGCCGCAGUUCCAGGAGAUCCAGAGAAGCGGAAACACCGAGGGCUUCUCCACCCGAGUGUGCCUGGUGCUGCUCGUCGCCAACAUCCUGCGAAUCUUCUUCUGGAUCGGGAAGCAGUUUGAGCUGACGCUGCUGCUUCAGAGUGUGGUGAUGAUCCUCACCAUGUUUGCCAUGCUCCACCUCUGCUGCGCCGUCCAGAACACCAACCGAGUGAGCACCAAGCAGCACCGGCUCGCAGACUUGAACUUGCAGUACUUCUGGAAAUGGAGCGCGUUCGAGGACUACCUGCUCUUCUGCUUCGGCCUCACCGUGCUGUGUGCAGUGGUCACGCUGCUGCUGCUGGACUCGGCCGUGUUCGUGGAGACUCUGGGCUCUCUGGCCGUGAUGUUUGAAGCCAUGCUGGGUCUCCCGCAGCUCCUGCAAAACUUCCAGAACCACUCCACCAAAGGCAUGAGUGUGAAGAUGGUGCUGCUGUGGACGGCCGGCGACGUCUUCAAGACCACCUACUUUGUGAUAAACGAAAGCCCGGCUCAGUUCUGGGCUUGCGGUUCCGUCCAGAUCCUGAUCGACGUGGCCAUCCUGCUCCAGGUGCUGCUUUACAGCCAAGACACGCGAGUCAAGCUGGGCUGAGGGCGGCUGAGAAGCAGGAAAGUCCAGGAGCCCUCAAGUAGAACCCGGGUAGAUGUUCAGUGAAAACCAAAGUCUGCAUUAGAAUGUCAUUCAGUGAUCAGCCUUGACUCCAAGUAAUGUCAAAAAAAGAAGAAAAAGUUUACAUCCAAGUGCCAAUAGGAAACAAACUCAGCCUUGAACAAAUUCACCAACAUUUUCUAUCAAGCUUUAAAGGCAACAUGCUGUAAGUCUGGUAAGGCAGCUUUUUCCAAAGCUUUUUAUUAUAUAUUUUAUUAGUGUUAUUUAUUUCCCUCAUUAUGUGGCUUCCUGAUGUGCGGUGAACAUGGAAGCCGUGAGGGGGAAGCAUCACUCACGCUGGCAGCUCGCUAACAGCACGCCUCUGCCGCUGUAAUGGUAACUGUACGCGUCCGUCCUGCCCCGGCGGCCCUGCGCUGGAAUCCACUGCCUGAGUGAUGACUUCCCCGUUUGGCACUCCUCACUUCACUGGACUGCUCUCAUGGUGUGUAGAGAGUGUGUGUGUGUGUGUGUGUGUGUGUGUGUGUGUGUGUGUGUGUGUGUGUGUGUGUGUGUGUGUGUGUGUGUGUGUGUGUGUGUGUGUGUGUGUGUGUGUGUGUGUGUGUGUGUGUGUGUGUGUGUGUGUGUGUGUGUGUGUGUGUGUGCGCGCGCGCCUAUGGGUGUGUUGGCGUCCGUGUUAAUGUUUCUGGAUCUGAUAUUGAUUUUUGCUGUUGGCAAACCGCACCAAGCCAAAACCACAACACACACACACACACACACACACACACACACACUCGAGGUGUUAAACACACAGGCCAUCCGUCUGCAUACGAUGAGUUCAUGUUGCUUUCUGGUUUGAUUGACAACCAAAGCAUUUCUCUCACAUAGGAAACCAGAAUCUUUAGAAUGCUGCGGUGUGUUUCACUGCAACCAAAAUGUUUUUAUAGACCCUAAAAAAAUCGCGUCAAACUCCAGGUCAGCUUGACAUGAUCUUAACGUGACAGUAUUAAUGAAAACAUUUAUACGUUUGUACCUUUAUUUAUUGCCUCCUGGCUUUGUGGUAUAUGUUCCCCUGUUCUUCAAACACAAAGAAAAGAAAAUACUCAGGAUGAACCUGCCAGCAGUGUCUGGAAGUGAAUUUAUUCACUUGUUACAACCUGGAGUCCAGACUUAGAGCUGAUUGCAUUUAGCCUAAAACAGUUACAGUGACUUGGAAUACCAGCUUAUAUUAUGUAGUGAUAUGAGUUUUUCGGGCAGCUUAAUGCAUUCAUAAACGCUCUUCAGGUAGAAAAAUGGAUGAAUUCCAGUAAAUACUGUGAACAAUUUCACUGCAGAUGUCAUUCAUUCAGUUCAGUAAGUGAAACCUCAAAGAGAUUAGCUUCAAGAACAUGAGAAUCAUCCCUCGCAAAACUGAAAUCUCAUAUGAACGACUUAGAAAAAGAUAGUUCUGUCUGUGGAUCUGAAUGUAUAAAUCAUGAAAAGAAAGACUAUGGCUGGAGAAUAGAUUAGUUUUGUGUAUUAUAGAGAAGAAUGCUCACAACUUUUUAGUGUGCUGAGCUCAAUGCACUUCUGUGAUUAUUUUGGCAGCAUCGCCAUCUAAACGCUCGCACUCACUGAUAAGAUUCAGCUCUGAUUCGUUUGUUACGCCGACAAAUUUCUGACUGUUGCCCCGUCCUGGUUUCAGCUGGUUCAGAUUUCGUUGAUGUGUAAAUCAAACCACAGUAGAGCCAGAUGUGGAGGAGCACUGCUCCAGGCGAACAGGCAUCACCUCGCUUUGUGCACAUAAGGUGCAAUAUUUACAUGAACAACCUGUAAAAAUACGACCACACACCUCAUAAAGAUGACACGAGCACGUAAAUGAUAGCAGGUAAAUGCAUAUCCCACUAUGAUCACACGUCCAGAGAGCGUGAAAUGUACCUUAAAGUCCUCCAUAUUUGCGUUAAAGAACAGCUGCUCAAUAUCAGGUGAACACUUGAAUGUUUAUUUUUGGCAUUAAAAAUCAACUGAGAUCAUUACUGUUUAUGAAUUAAGUCACUGAAUAUUUGUGAAUUUUAACAUUUAAAAUACUGAAAAGUAUUAAAACAUAAUUUACUGUCAAUCAUGAUUUCAUUGCAAUAACAACAAGCUGCCAGUAUGAUGUGUAGUGCUGCUUUAAAACCGUCUGUGCAAAUGCACAUACACACACACACACACACACACACACACACACUGUCACCUUCAUAAAUACUGAGCAUUGAAAUUAAAUGUUGAGACCAAUCCAUGCCCUGAACACUCAAAACAACAGAAAGCUGUGAAAAACAUUUGCUUUCAGGCACGUCUACAAACAAACGUGUGUACGCAUGCACAAAAAAUAUACCGAGUGACGAAAUGUUGAAACUAAUGCAAUAUUGAAACGGUAAGAAAACACUGCCAGUGGCGCUCCAUUUGCCGGCGCAUGGUUCACGUGAAGUGCACGAAUGUUUUCUGCUCACACUGCUCUCCCUGCGGUGGCGGCUAAGUUGUGGGCAGCAUUAAGUCCUUUACGUCUCAUUAGCGCGCCUGCCGCUGCGUUUCCCUGCCUGCCGUGUUUCAGCUCACUCAUCCAGAGUGCUGAUGGACGCCGCCUCCGUCUAAUCGGUCUGCAAGGGAAAUCACCGCCAUUAUGGAAACACCGAAACUUGAUUCAGCCUGUCCAGCCUCCCAAAAGUGCAAAAAAAAAAAAAAGAAAUGUUCAUGCAUUUUUUAUAUGAAGGCUUUCCUUAUAAUUGAAACACUAAUUUAAUUGUGUCGCCUGAAGGUGUGCUGCGGUUCCUUCUCCUAUGUCUCCUUAGCUGCGUCUUCCAAAACCACUGCAGCAGCAGCAGCUGAUCAGCAGUCAGUGCACCUUUCCUUUCACUCCCCUCUGCAGGAUUUAAUUAAGUAAUAAAGCUACGUGCUUAUUAAGUCCUCCAGCCACCUUUUCAACCGGCCAGAUUGUGUCCAUCUGUUACUCCUUACCUGUCCUUCCUUCUCUGUGAGCGCAGCGUUCAGUCCACUCUGCGGUGGUUUGCUUGGAGCUUCGCCGUUCAGACAGUCUCUGCAUGCAGAAGCCACAAGAUAGGUCAAAAUGCUAAUGAUUGCUAAUGUGUUUUUUUUUUCUGUGUUGCUCUCCGGUUUAUGUGUGUAUUCUUCAAAUCUUUUCAUCCCUGAGCCAUAUUGCGAGCUGGAUGCGUCUUAUCUGUGCCAUCUCUGCAUACCCGGGUUGUUUCGCAGUGGCAUUAUUUUUGUAUUACUCGGUCUUAUCACCAGAUGUGUAUCUGUAUAUGGUUUUCCCUCCGCUGAGCCUGGCAGCGUCACCUCCGCUGGCUUUAGUUUAGCAGCUGGGCGCCCUGUAGCCUCUGCUUCUCAAGGGCGGCGGAACAGAUUAACGCCAGCACGGCCCGAGUGUGAUAAUCUCUCAAAUUCGCAUCGUGGCGAGCGCAUUGGCCGCCUCGCUGCUGCGGCGCCGAUAAGGUGGCUCCUCCGUCUUCCUCCCUGAUGCAACGCAGGUUGUGUAUUUCACUUGUUUUGACGUACAUUUUUAAUAAAGAGUUGCAGCGAUAACAGAAGCCAAAAAGUGCAUGUGAGAACUACAGUCGAUGUUUUAUGUUCCUUCUCUUCAGGUGUUUUGUAAAAAAAAAAAAAAAAAAAAAGCAAAUGUAAACAAGCGUAGCAAACCAUAGAGACUAACUGUCUGAGAAUUAUCUCACUGUCCACAUACGUUUUACUGUCUGAUGGCCACUGUGAAAUAUUUCAUCAUGUUGUUAUCUCAAAUAUAAAGUAUUUAUAUUGCA